UUGAUACGAGAGACCGAUCUAGCCGCCCAUAGUGCCGGGUCGAUCGCGCGAGAGGGGCGUCAGAAGAGAAAGAGGCACAGGAAAGGAUCUCUGCAAACAUUUCUCUCUUUCUUCCUCUGGCAUGGACUUUUUGUGAUGGCACCACGGUCGACCGGCUGUGCCAUCUGUCGGAAACGGAAGAUCAGAUGCGACGAGGGACGCCCAGGAUGUAAGAAGUGCCAAAUCCACAACACACCCUGUCCAGGAUACCGGGGUAUCAAAGCCGAUGGACUGGAAUGGCGCGACGAAACCCAGUCAGUAACGAAGCGAGUUGAGAGAGGAUGGAGAAGUGGAAGUGGGAGUGGUUCUUCUGGGAACAGCAGUCCUGAACACAGCAGCGAUUCUGACAGCGGCGCUAUACCCACCGAGAGAGUCAGGGCACUAAGUCUGGUUGAGAAGCCUGUUUCGACGGAAUAUACGAUUAUUCCUCAGGCUAUUUUCAGUGCUGCUACGAAUCGCUCGCAGAUGUUUGAUGUCAGCAUGAGAUUGUACCGACCUACGACACUGGAUGAACAGCCGUUACGUGCCCACAUUUCCGACUUCUCAUGUCUGCAAAAAACAAUCACUUCAAAAUCAUCACCAGCAUUGCUUGCUGCUGUGGAUACGAUCAGUUUACUUCAACUUGGUGUUUCAUAUCAGGACAAGGCCUUUUUCGAGCACGCUAGACGCAGAUAUGGACAGGCUUUGACGGCAUUAGUUGUUGCUCUGAACAAACCAGACGUUCUCGGCAAUAAUGAUGUUCUGGGUGCUAUGAAAUUGCUAGAAUUUUGCGAGCUCUUCCGUCCCGUAGCACAGCAGGGAAGCUGGAUCAGCCAUGUAAACGGAGUAGAGAACUUCUUGAUCCAGCGGGGACCAGUCCCACUUGUGACAGAACUCGAUAAUAUGCUAUUUUUCCACGCUAGACAUUCUUCCAUUCUCCAAGGCGUUCUUAAGCGCAAAGCCAUCGUUUUUGCACAGCCCAAAUGGCUGGCCAUGACCAAAGAAACACCAUACACAGAUUCAUCCCCUCGUCUAUUCGAUGUCUUGGUACACAUACCAGGUUUGUUCGAACGUGCUGACAAUCUUAUCGCAAGCGGCGAGUCCACUUACCUGAACGGAAUCAUUGCGGAUCUGGUCACAGCCGUCGAGCAACUCCAAGAAUGGGAAGACGAAUACCAUGCUGAACUCAAAGAGCCAGCCUUCUUCAAUGUCGAUGUCUCCAAGUUCAAGAGGUUUACUCGACUAUGUCAGAACAAGACUUUUCCAUUGGCGAUUGACUUCCCCGACUUUCUCACCGGAUACCUACAAUCGAUAUACUGGCUCUACCUCUUUACAAUUCUACGUUCAUUGCAAGAUAUUCUGAUGAAGUAUCGCAAUGCCAAGUGUUCUUUGCCGAUGGAUGAGAUCAACAAGCGGAUUUUACAAGUCGCAAUCUUCAUGGCCCAGAUGAUGCCAUAUUUCUGCGAGCCGGAUGCAUCCUCUAUGGGUCGCUUUGCAACCUUCAUGCCUCUUGUGUUUAUCUUGAAGUACUUCGAGGCGCGUGGGAUGAAAGCGCAGAAGGACUGGUGUCAAGAGAUUACUGAUGCGAUGUUUAAUGAUGGUAUAAAUCCUCCUUGGAGAUUGGACGUGGAAAAGGGGCUAGCACCAGGCUCAAAGAAGCAGAUUACAUAGCACUACAAGACAAACAUGACCUAGCACCUCCAUACAUUUAGUUCUGAGCAUACGGGCGAGGUUGGUGUCAAUUGGGUAAGAAUGUCAAGUUUAACCUUGAACGAGGAAAUUGAAGCCUGGUCGCACACCGUCGCGUAGACUCUCGACAAGAAGCAAAUACUAGUGUUGUGUGUAAUAGAGACCAAAGACAAUCAGAAUAGACACCAAGGUAUGCAACAUCAUAUAUUAAUUAUUCAAAAUUGCUGCUUAACAAGAUUUAUCCUGAAGCGAGAGACAUUCCGUCAAACUCAUCACUCAACACAAAAAUCUCUUCCCCCCCCCUCUCUCUCUACCACGUGGAUGGACCGAAGGUAGCGCCCUCAGGCAAGACCU